CGUGCAGCCACUUCGGAGCUGUGUUAUCGGGCAGCUCACAGGCAGUGGAAACAGUGGCAGCACCACCAGCGACCCUGCCAUCACUAAUGGCAUAAUAACAAUGGAGACAGUGGCACCACCAGUGGAAAUGAUAACACCCUCAUUUCACUUUUGGGAGAUCUGCUGCUGUCCUCUCCUCCGUUCCACUGCAGAUGCUGUUCUUCCUGAACGGGGUCUAUUAUGGGUUUUAUUUCCUAGCCACGCUGCUGAUGGUAAUAUAUAAAAGUCAGGUAUUAAGCUACCCAGAUGGGAACCUGGCACUGGACUUGGCUUUGCUGUUCAUCAUGGCAAUUCUGGAGGCCAUCAGGCUGUACUUGGGUGUGAGAGGUAACCUGAAAGAAGAGGAGGUUUCAGUAGGGAUCAGCCUAGCUCUCACAGUGGGCAGCAUGCUGCUGUCUGUGUACUUCGUGGUGUGGCAGACCUACGUGCUGAGGGCCGAUGUGAUCGUUGGUGCCAUCCUGCUGGUCAUCUACGGCUUGGAGGCCAUACUGGACAUCACAGCCAUCGCCGCUUUUGCCAGUGCCUACGCUUAAAGAAACGUCUUCCUCUAGCGAGUCCUGAUUCCAUUCAUCCAGUUAUUUAUUAAACCAUGUAUUCCCCAAUACAUUCAUAAGCUUUCACUCUGGAUACAAGAAAAUAUUGAAUAUAUUUUAUUAUAUUAAGUGAAACAAAGUCUAAUAGUUUGAAUUUAACCAAUGUAAAAAAAUGCAGGUGGUACUUGCUGUAGAGCGUCUGUUGAUAAACAGUUUGCACAUUCAUGUUGUUUUUUACAUAUGUUUCCACCAGAUGGCACUCUUAAAAAAAGAAACUGCGCACAUAAGGGACUUAGAACUAUCUGGAACUAAGGAACGAUGAUAAAUGUCUUUACCUAGCUUUUGAGGGAGGGGGGUGCACUGUUUUAUUAUUAUUAUUAUUAUUAUUAUUGUGUAUUUCUUUUAAUGAAAGCUUAUCCAGAUUAUUCUUUUAUUUUUUUGUUAGUUGCAGUUUCUCCAAACCGCACAAACAUGCUUUUAGUGUAUGUGUGCGUUUAUUUGUUUGCAAGCUGCAGUGUCAGCUGCUUCAGUGGGAUGUGGGAGUUGCUGUUUCUGGGCUGAUGAGAAGGUUAAUGCAGCAUUUCCACAGAGCCACGAAAACUAACAUUUAAUAAGUUAAAAAACUAAACGGUGGCAGCAGCCAGGCGAAACAACAAGACCCUUAUAAAAGUUUACCUUGUUAAAUUUG